ACUAGGUUACAUUUAAUAUUUGUAUAGUAUGGAAACUCUCGAGUUAAAUGACCUUCUUGAAAAUCAGGAUAAGAGAUUGAAAAUAAAACGGUUAUGGAUAGUCGUUUUUUUCUUUUUCUUAAUCACUCUACCAGUUGGAUACUACAUUUGGAUCCGGAGUCACAAGAAUGAUCUUUUGAUGAUUGAACGUGAUGAGUGGGGAGCUAAGGAACCCAUCGAAAGGGAAUUUCUAAAUCUGCCAGCCACAACUGUAGUUAUUUGCCACACAGCCACUGGCCCUUGUGAAACCAAGGCUGCUUGCAUACGUCAAAUGCAGACCCUUCAAGACUUCCACAUGAAUAGCCAAUUUAGGUACGACAUUAGCCUGAAUUUCCUUGUGGGCGGCGAUGGAGAGAUAUAUGAGGGGCGUGGUUGGGAUGUAAAGGCUCAGCAUUUGAACGGUGAUGGAAGUGUAUCUAUAAGCAUUGCUUUUAUUGGAACCUUCUCCAAUGUGGAGCCUCCAGCACGACAAGUGGAUGCAGCAAAGCGAUUGAUGCUCGAAGGAGUUCGCCGGGGAAAGUUGCACCAAGAUUAUCGCGUUUAUGGCCACCGUCAAUUUCAGCCCACCGAAAGCCCUGGCCAAAAACUAUAUGAGCUUAUCAAGCAGUGGCCGCGAUGGUCAACUAUUAUUAAGCAUAUUAGCACGAUACCUUAAAAUUUUUGAAGUCCACAAACUAAAUUUGAAUAAAAUUAAGUAAAUAUAAAAAUUGCAUAUUAAAAUGAACAAUAUAAUAAAGAUUA